CGCCCGACGUGUUGCCCGCGGCGGAUCGCGUGAGAUGGGCCUCCGGGGGGCGCACCGGUAGGGCGCGCCGUCGGGCGGAGAUGGGGUGCCGCGGGGUGUGCUGCUGCCCCGCGCCCGGCCUGUACGCCUUCAACGAGGACAACGCCCGCUUCGCGCUCCUGGCCGUCCUGAUCGUCUCGUACCUGCUGUGCGGCGCGGCCGUCUUCUCGGCCCUCGAGCGGCCCACGGAGCUGCGAGCGCAGGAGAAGUGGCUGGAGAGGCUGGAGAACUUCUCGCACAGGUUCAACCUCACGCCGGCCGAGCUGCAGGAGCUCCUGCGCGAGUACGAGGGCGCCUACGUGGCCGGCAUCCGCAUCAACAACACGCUGCCCCGGUGGGAUUUCCCGGGGGCUUUUUAUUUCGUGAGCACCGUGGUCUCCACCAUAGGUUUUGGCAUGACCACACCGGCCACUGUCACAGGCAAGCUUUUCCUGAUAUUCUAUGGCCUUAUAGGCUGUGCAGGGACCAUUUUGUUCUUCAACUUGUUCCUGGAGCGCUUGAUCACCAUCAUAGCCUAUGUCAUGAAGUCCUGCCGCGAGAGGCAACUGAGGCGGAGGGGGGGCCUUGCCCAAGACAGCCAUCACACUCCUGGGACCGCCGAAGUGGACAGCUUGGCAGGAUGGAAGCCGUCCGUAUAUUACGUCAUGCUUAUCUUGUGCAUUGCGUCCGUCAUUGUUUCCUGUUGUGCCUCUGCUCUGUAUUCUCCCAUGGAAGGGUGGACGUAUUUGGACUCGCUUUAUUUUUGCUUUGUGGCCUUCAGCACCAUUGGCUUUGGCGACCUGGUGAGUGGCCAGAACACCCACUAUGAGAACCGAGGCCUUUACCAAUUUGGCAAUUUCCUGUUUGUACUCAUGGGGGUUUGUUGCAUCUACUCCCUCUUUAACGUGAUCUCCAUCGUCAUCAAGCAGUCUGUGAAUUGGAUAUUAAGGAAACUGGACAACACGUGCCAUAGGUGCCAAAGAAAACUCUUCCGGUCGCGAAGGAAUGUUGUGGUGCCGGGAGUUGCCCGGAACCAACGCAACAUAUCCAUCGAGUCAGAUGGUGUCCUUGAGAGUGAGGCAGAUGGGCGCAGGCUGUCCGGCGAGAUGAUCUCGAUGAAAGACCUCUUAGCGUCUAACAAAGUGUCACUGGCCAUCAUGCAAAAACAGUUGUCCGACAGUGCCAAUGGCUGCCCCAGAGCAAGCAUCGCUUCUAGACAAAACGGUUUUGCUGGUGGUGUAGGCGCUUUGGGCAUUAUGAACAACAGGCUGGCAGAGACCAGUACGGAUAGAGACAUCCACGCUGGGAGGGGAUCACUGGGUAACAGAUAAUGAAGGGUCAAAAGUCGUCACAGAGACAGAACUAACUGAGCAGGCCACCUUUUGAGAAGAGGUGUCUUUAGUGUUGCUGCUGGCAGUUCAGACCUCUUGCAUUUUGCACUGCGCCGCCGAUCCACCCUUGCCCUGCUGACCCUGCCAAAAAACAUCCCAGUGGUGUCAUGUAGUAUGGCUGCAAUUAACAAGCUUCUUCAGCAUGUAUUUAAGUUUAGGUCUGAGUUAGGAGCAAGGAGAAAUGGAGAGAAACCAUGCAGAUGCGUUGCUCCCUUUGUUUUGGCUGGCACCUCAGUCCUGUAAAUGCUCAGAAGAGCAAGCAGUUAAAGUUGCAGUAGUAGUCACAAUCCAGAGAUGUUGUGCACCAGAAAGUGCGGUACAAGAACAACUGUUUGUGUCGGAAGGUGCAGGAAGCAACCGCUUAGGUGGAUAGCUGAAUAGCCCAGCAGUGACUCAUCUGUGGUUUUCAGAUGCUGUUGGACUCCAAUUCCCAUCAGCCCCAGCUGAUCCCCGUGGUCAGGGAUGUUGGGAGUUGUAGUCCAUCAACAUCUGGAGAACACCAGGUUAGGGCCCCUCUCCUGAAAUAGCCACUUGCCUUUGAUUUCACUAGUGAACAGUCAUUCGCUACUGGGUCCAAGAGUGACUAGCCCACCUGAGUAGUGUGCUCCAUUUGGAGAUGGAAAGUGGAUCUCUUCUUCCUCAGCUGCCCAGACCAUUUAUCUUUCUUCAUGCAUUGGAAUCCUACACUGUGUGGCAUGUGCAGAAGACAUAAUCAGGAGAUCUGCAUGCAGUGGUAUCAUGUGUGGGUUUGUGUGCAAAAAAAGAAGUUUUAUUGCACAUUUUAGGAUCAGUGCUAUUUUUCUAGAAAAAGAAGUGCCAGAACUCAUCAUUAUCACCUCCCUUGUUCUCUUAGAAUGGCAAUGGUGCCCACCUGAGAGGUGCCGGAACUGAGUUCUGGCUGCGGAAAAAAGCCCUGUUUAGGAUCACAUGUAUCUGAUAGCAAAACUUUGCCUCACAAGGAAAAAUAUGUGCCUAUGUGUCUUUCAUUGUGAGGCAG